AUGCCUGGAACGGCAAUGAAGACAUCACCCCCUCCGGUAUGUUUUCGCAUCCCCGAAAUGCAGGGAGAAGGUGCAGUUAAAACUACUGGGGUACCCAAGGACCCAGAUCCCAAAACCCCCCAAAUGGUUGAGAAAAAUAACACCUUAAGUACUCUUUCUACAACUUUCGAGCUAGGCCUGUUGCAGCAGCAACAAGCUGAUGCCGAGAAGGAGGAGAAAAAGCACCUUUUAGAGAUUGAAGUUUUUAUUAAGAAGAUGGAGACGGCUGUUAGGCAGCAGCCUAACGUUAACCGUACCAUCAAAGAUGGCCUGCCAAAGAUUAAGGAUUUGUUGGCCACAAUAAUGCAAUGCCGAAAGAUCAGGCACAAGGCAAGAGCCCAAGAGUAUACCUUAGUUUCUCCAAAGGCUGGUAAUGCUAACAAAAAGCGGAAGUCACCUGAGAGGCAGUGGGAGAAAAAGUUGACGAGAAGGGAGAAGAGGCAGAAGAAGCGGGCGGAGGUCGCUACAAAGAAAUUAGGUGACGGGAAGACACCAAAAGUGACUAAGUCUACUCCGGCCAGGGCAGCGUCAAGGAAUCCCGCGGCGCUAAAGCCCAAACCGAGUAAGCCUAGGUUGGAAGCAAUAUUGAUCAAGCCCUCCGGGGGGCGAUCGUUUGCUGAAGUCUUGGGGAAACUCCGGGCGAAAGCCAAGCCGGAGUCAAAGACUGUCAUUAAGGCAAUUCGACGGACCCAAAACGGGGAUGUAUUGCUCGAGCUGGGGAAGUCGAAAGAUAAAGCCGCUUUUGCUGAGAGCUUAAAAAAAGCACUCGGAGACAAGGGGUCCGUGCGGUCACUUGACCCAAAGCUAUCGAUUGAAAUUCGUGACCUUGACGGACUCACCAAUGAAAGCGAGGUAACAGAGGCUAUAAAGCGGGCUAUUCCCGAAUUAAAAGAAUCUACCUUAAAAGUAUGGCUCACAAAGCCGAACCGUAGCCAGCAGCGAAUGGCGGUCGCCGAAUUAGGCGAGAGACACGCCAAUAAACUGCUGGCUCUCCAACAUCUGCGAGUUGGCUGGGUGAGUGGCCGGGUUAAACGAAAGGUUGUCGUCCCACGGUGCUUCCGCUGCCUUGGAUUCGGCCACUCCUCUCGAGGCUGUAAGGGGCCUGAUCACACCAAUCACUGUUUUCAGUGUGGUCAGACCGAACAUAAGAGGCAGGAUUGUAACCAGAACUCCUGUUUCAUUUGUUACAACAGAAGCUGGCAGUAA